GAUAAACCCCAGAGAAGAAGACGGUGAAAGCGUUUCCGCCAAGAUGGUCGUCGGUGCCUUCCCCAUCGCCAAGCUCCUCUACCUGGGAGUGAGGCAGAUGAGCAAACCGGUGGCGAAUCGGAUCAAAGCCGGAGCCCGGAGGAGCGAGUUCUUUAAGAGCUACAUCUGUCUGCCGCCGGCCCAGAUUUACCACUGGGUCGAGAUGAGAACCAAGAUGCGGAUCAUGGGCUUUCGGGGCUCCACCAUUAAGCCGCUGAAUGAGGACAUGGCUGCGGAGCUGGGCGCAGAGUUGCUGGGAGAGGCAAUCAUCUUCCUCAUCGGCACUGGAUGCAUGGUGCUGGAGUACAGCAGGCAGGCCUCUAAUUCUCGCCGCAAAGAGGAGGAGCUGACUGAGACCAUCACAAGCCUACAGACUCAACUAGCAGAACUCUCCCUGACCACAGAGACUAUGGAUGCUCGCCUGAGAGAGUUCAACAGGCAGCUGGUGUCCUUUCCUACUCCAAAUAAGUGAUUAAAUAAGUAAUUUGCUUGAUAUAAUGGCACUUUCUGUUGAUCUGUGUGUGAAGGAAUAAUUGCACCAACUUAGUACAGCCAUGUGUACAACCUGAAGACAACCCUGCUUCACACACUGUCCCCUAAACCCAUAACUUAGGGUGAAGAGGUGGACAUGAGCAUUUCAGUGCCCUGUGGAUUCUAUCAUUGGCUCAAGUAUUGAGCCUGGGUUUUAAAGGGGGAUUGCUAUGAUAUUCAUAGUGUUUUUCUGUGGUUCAUCUUGCAUGUUCAUGAUAAGACUUGACUGUAUAUAAAUAUUAAAAGAGGAAGAUUAUUGUGACCCUAAAGGUAAUAUAUUUGAUGACAAAUUCAGCAUAAAACCUUUUAUUUCAGUGAUUGUCAUAGACCAGAAUCUCUUAGCAAACACAGAUUUCUAUGCUUUAUUGGCUUCAUUUGAGACUCUGGGUCACAUCAGUGGAUUAUUUUUGACAGUAUCUGCCCCUAAAGUUUCAUGUUCACAUAUCACGUUGUAUUUACUCUGAAUCCCUUGGCUGGUUUGUGUGCACUGGAUGUGAUGACAACUGUAAAUUGAAGCUGUAAAAUAAAAAGCUAUGCUGUCUGUUAAUGGGGAUGGUGCCACAUUACAA